UUCAUCUGUGCACUUGGGCGUUGGACUCCGCAUCUUAUUAGCGACCAGGGAGAUUUCUCCAUUUUCCCCUUGUCUACAGUACGGCUACAAAUCUGGGAUAUUAUCUCUUUUUUAUUUUUUUUUGGGACUCCGCUUGGGCUUUUAAGAUAUAUAUCUCUCUAUAUAUACAUAUACAAAUCUCUAUUUUUGGUGCUUUGGCUGCUUCUUGUUUCCGAGCAAAAGGAGAAGGGAAAAAACGAGAGAAAGGAACCCAACCCAGGAGUGAAUCUUAUUGCAAUCGCAUCGGCUGUCUCUUCUCUCACUCUCUCUGCCCCUCCCUUCUGGUGUGUGUGUGUGAGUGUGUGUGUUGCGUGCGUACGUGUAGCUGCUCUUCCAAGCGGCGGCGGCGGCGGCGGCGGUGGUCUCUGGCAGCCUUCCUUCCUCCGAGCCCCUUUUGCUUCUCUUUGUCUCCCCCCUUUCUGUCGGAUCUGUGCCGAGCCCUCUUUGUUGAAGCCAGCCAGCCAGCAUGGGUGCCCAAUUCUCCAAGAAUGCCGCCAAAGGAGACGUCGCGACCGAGAAGCCUGGCGAAGCGGUGGCUGCAUCGCCCUCCAAGGCGAACGGGCAGGAGAACGGCCAUGUAAAAGUGAAUGGGGACGCCUCUCCAGCUGCGGCCGAGGCUGGCAAGGAGGAGAUGCAAGCCAAUGGCAGCGCGCCCGCUGAGGAGUCUGUGAAGGAAGAGCAGACUCCGUCAGAGCCCGCCUCCGAGAAAGAGGCCGCAGAAGCCGAGAGCACCGAACCGGCUUCUCCGGUUGAAGGGGAGUCCUCCUCAAAGGCUGAGGAAGGGGCCACUCCUUCUAGCAACGAGACCCCUAAAAAAAAAAAGAAGCGCUUUUCCUUCAAAAAGUCUUUUAAGCUCAGUGGCUUCUCCUUUAAAAAGAACAAAAAGGAAUCCGGGGAAGGUGCCGAAGCUGAAGGUGCAGCGGCAGCGUCUGGGGAAGGGGGGAAGGAGGAGGAGGCGGCUGCCCCGGAGGCUGCAAGUAACGAGGAGGGCAAAAGUGCUCCGGAGGCCUCGCCUUCUGCGGAUGCAGCCACUGGUGCUGGCAGCACAGAGGAGACCAAGGAGGAGCCGGGUGGUGCUCAGGAGGCCAAGUCGGAAGAGACUGCGCCAGAGAAGGCCGCUGGAGAAGAGGCCAAGCCGGCCGAAGAGCAGAAGCCGGCCGAGGAGAAACAGGAAGAGGCGCCGGCCGCUUCCGCUCCUAGUGCCGCCACUGAAGCCAGCUCAACCGAACCAGAGGCCCCCAAAGCAGAGGAGCCGGCGGCGACUCCGACACAGGAAGCCCCCUCUGAGUCUAGUCCAGAAGCUCCACCAGCUGAGUCGGCAGAGUAAAGGGGGGAGAAAAGAUGAUGAUAAUGAUGAUGAUGAUGUUGAUGAUGAUGGCAAUUUUGAGAUGAUUGAACUUUUCUUCCCCCCCUGUUUGUUUGUUUGGAGUGGUGCCAGGUACUGGUUUUGGAGAACUUGUCUACAACCAGGGAUUGAUUUAAAAGAUGUCUCUUUGUCUCUACUACCCACACAGAUCCCAUCUCAGAUCAUUUUGUUGCCACCAUUCCAACGGGUAGAGGAAAGGCUAAAUGCCACCCUCUGCUUUGUUCCUCCAUUUUUUGCAUCAGUAUUAAUUUUUUUGCAUACUUUGCAUCUUUAUUCAAAAUGUAAACUUUUUCCUUUCUCUCUCUUUCUCUCUCUGUCUCUUUCUCUCUUGUCAAUCUAUGGACAUGCCCAUAUAUGAAGGAGAUGGAUGGGUCAAUAAGGGAUAGCAAAUGAAGUGAUAAGGGUCACAAUGGGGAAUUAGUGGUGCAGAUAAUUUGCCAAGAAAAUGUGCCACAAGAAAUAAGGGGUUAGUCUUUUUUUAAAAAAGAAAGUUAUUACAAUGUAUUUUGUGAGGCAGAUGUUCUAUAAGGUUUACAACACUACAAGUCUUGACUAAGAAGGAAGAAGAAAAAUUCCAAUACUCAGAUUUUAAAAAAUUCAUAGUCUUAGGAAAUUCAUUUAAACCAUAGGAACUUUCACUUAUCUCAUGUUAGCUGUACCAGUCAGUGAUUAAGUAGAAAUACAAGUUGUAUAGGCUUUAUUGUUUAUUGCUGGUUUAUGACCUUAAUAAAGUGUAAUUAUGUAUUACCAGCAGGGUGUUUUUAACUGUGACUAUUGUAUAAAAACAAAUCUUGAUAUCCAGAAGCACAUUAAGUUUGCAACUUUUUCCACCCUGCCCAUUUUUUGUAAAAUUGCAGUAAUCUUGGACCUUUAAAAAAAGCCACACAAUUUUAAACUCAACCAAGCUGUGAUAAGUGGAAUGGUUACUGUUUAUACUGUGGUAUGUUUUUGAUGACAGCAGACGAUGCUUUCUUUUUCCAGUUGUCUUUGAGAAUAAAGAAGAAAAACCAAUUUCAGAUGCAAUGGUUUUUGUAUAGCAUCUUGUCUAUCAUGUUUUUUGUAAAUACUGGAGAAGCUUUGACCAAUUUGACUUAGAGAUGGAAUGUAACUUUGCUUACAAAAUUGCUAUUAAAUUCCUGCUUAAGGUGUUCUAAUUUUCUGUGAGCACACUAAAAGCGAAAAAUAAAUGUGAAUAAAAUGUAGAAUUUGGCUGUGUUUCUUUUUCUGGAUACUCUGGAUAGCUUAGUAGAUUGCUUGAACUGUCUAAAUUUGUAUUAAAAAGACAGUUUGUUUGCCACUUAACAUUACUCUUAUUAAUUUCUAAAUUAUGGAUUGUGUGGUCUCUUGGGCCUACUAAAGGUUUCUCUGUGGUGUGAAGAUCUGUAAGGCUCUUUUUUUUUAACUAGAGAUGUGCACUGGAUUCUAAAUUAACCUCUGCCACUCUGGGUUCCCAAUUGGCUAAUGUCAGAUCUGGAGGAAAGAGGAUUGGAAAGAACUAGAGUGUAUUUUAAAUAAGCUUGCACCAGUUGACAGUUAAGUGGGGUAUGUGUGUGUGAUGAAAAGCCUUGAGGACCACUUUAUGUUACAUUAGGUUGUUCUUUCCUAGCUUGAGUUGACUUGACACUUUGACUGUGGUCGUUUGGGAAUCUUCUGGGCCUUGGCCUGAAUUUCCAAACAAUGGCACCUAUAUUCAGGUGUCAAAACAGCAAAGGUCCAAUCUUAUCUGCGAGUUCUUAACCAUUUCAGCAUCUAUUUCAGUGCCUGACUUUGAGCAACCAGCCUUGGAAGUUUGGGCUAAAGUGAACCAUUUCUGUUCUACCAAAUUGUUGAGCAAUACUUUUUUUGUAUGUUACUCCCAGCUGUAGAUGAGUUAAUGAAAAGAAAAAACAAACAGAAAUUGCUAUAUUUGUCUGUAAGAGUCAUUUGGUGCUUGCCUUUUAACUGUUUAGACUUUUGGGCUAAUUUCCACCACACUGCUCAGGGCAAAAUAUGCCUUAAUAAAACAGUAGGCUUUUGUAAAAAAAGAAAAGAAAAGAAACAAAAAACAAAUACACAGUAGUUAAUGGUGUUGGAGGGUGGAAAUUGAUUCAAGGAAGUGUUGCUCCUAGGUUUAUAGGUGAAAUUUAGUGUUACACUUAACUUGCUUCCACCUAUGUUUUCAGCAGUAACUUGCUUUGGAAGCAAUUACACUUCUUUUAUGAGAGAGUGGCACAUUAGCACCUUGUUCCCUAAAGAACAAAGCCCGAGCUGAAUGAAGUUCAAUGGAUUCCAUACUGAAUACAUACUCUUAUUCAGCUGUCCACAUCUUUUUAUUUUUGGCUUGUAUAUAUACUCUGGUCACCCUGGUAUUUCUCUGUAGUGUUAGAAAUGUAUUGAUUAUUAUGCUUUAAAUGGCCAUGGGAUGAAAUAAAUGGAUGUAAAAUGA